UCUCCAGGCUGCUGACGAGAACGUACGUGUGGUCCCACCUUCCCUUUACCUUCAUUAACGCUACACUUUACAUUGCGUUUUUCCAGCCUGAAGAAUUUUGAGGGGAUCAGGCUAAGGGAGGGUGUGAACACGCACAGUUAUGGCAGGGGGGCAGGAGGAAACCUGCUGCAGAAGAGGGGCAACAAGCUGCGGGGAGCAGUAACCGCUUCCCUCGCCCGGCUGCAGCUUCACCACUCGGCCGCGUUGCUGCAAGGCAGCGCAGUAGGAAUCGCUGAAAACGUUAGAUGGCGAAUAGUGAUUUUUGAGAAGCAGUCUCUGCAAGACCCCGCUGAAAACACGGGCGUUCAGGGAUGCUUCCUUUCUCAAUUACGGUUUGAAACACAAUAACCCUUUCUCCAUCCCUACUCGGGCGGCUUUCCUGGGAGUUCGUGCAGAUGCAGAGCUGGCUGGUGGCACGGCAGUUAAUUCUGCACUGGAUUGUGAACACAGGCAUUAUAUUAAGCAACUUCUAGAAGCUUUUCCAUUCUUAAGGCAUUGAAAGGAGUUGGCCAGUGCUCUCAGAAGCGCUUCAGAGCCACGAGACUUCACAGCACGCCAGGAUGUGGGGGUCAGGGCCGUGUCAGCCCCGCACAGUCUGAAGGCAGCAGUUUUCGACUUCAUUCACGUUACGAUGGCUGCAAGUUCUUCUUCCAUUUGUUUAUUCGUUUACCAGGUUGGAAAUCUCUGGAUCUGAGUCUCUCUGCUUCCCUGCCCUGCGGCCUCGCGGGGCUCCCGGCGAGGGAAAGGGCUGCCGGCAGCACCCCGCUUCAGCCCCGCGGCUCAGCGGCUCCCAGGCGCUGCCACUCGCCGCUCGGAUGUUCAGCGAGGGACAGAGCGGAGCAAAUUCCUCAAGAGACGCCGCGCUCUCCGAGUUCCCUUGGGAUGAAAACGCUGGCGUGGAGCUGGGCUUGGCUGUGAGGAUGACAGGUCGCAGCGUCCGCGGGCUGUUCUGAAGGCUGCCUCCGAAAAGGGCUGCGGGCGCCGCGCCGCUUGAGGCCGAGGAAGCUGCGCGCCCCUCGCCGCCGCGCUGCCCGGGCCGCGGCACGCCGCUGGCCAGCAUUCCUCCCGCUCGCGCCCCGCCGCCGGCGCCUCAGGCUCCCCUGCCUCCAGACUGGAGUCUUUCUGGCUUCACCUUGCCUCUCAAGGAAUGGACCUCCCCGUCUUCCAGUUCAUCACAGGACUGGCGUUGCUUAUCAAAGUGCAAGAAGGUGGAUAAGCCAAAGCUGGGAAGGACGGAGAGACCGGAGAAAGCUUCUUUGCGUUCGUAUUUUAUGGAAUUCUCCCACCUACCUCGCGAUACUCUCAUUUGCUUGAUCAGAAGCGCCUCAGGAGUUGACUUUGAGAAUGAACGGUGAUGUCCUCUAGCCACUCGUAACACCGCAUCGAAGCCGCCUCCGCGACAAGCCCUAUUUCAAUGUGCUGCAGCUGACUGAGACCUUGCGUCUUCUGCAAGCAGAUACUGGCAGCAAGCUGACAGUCAGAUAUGACUGUCCAGAAACUGGUAGCCACAGCUGUGUUGGUAGCCCUGGUCUCGCUUAUCCUCAACAACGCGGCUGCCUUCACUCCCAACUGGGUGUACCAGACGCUGGAGGAUGGGCGCAAGCGCAGCGUGGGGCUCUGGAAGAUGUGCUGGCUGGCAGACAAGGGCAGAGGCGGUGCAGGCACGGGCGCCAGGCACGGGCAAGGGGAGGAGCGCGAGUGCGAAGCCCUGGGCUGGGGUUCGGAGUCAGCUGGGUUCCAGGAGUCUCGCAGCACUGUCAAACUGCAGUUCGACAUGAUGCGCGCCUGCAACCUCAUUGCCACCGUUGCUCUGACUGCUGGUCAGCUCAUCUUCGUCCUGGGCCUGAUGGAGCUACCCAUCAUUUCUCAGGACACCCAGUGGUGGGAGGAGGCCAUAGCUGCCGUGUUCCAGCUUGCUAGUUUUGUUCUGGUUAUUGGAUUGGUGACUUUCUACCGCAUCGGACCAUACACCAACCUCUCAUGGUCUUGCUACCUGAACAUCGGAGCGUGUCUUUUGGCCACACUGGCAGCCGCCAUCCUCAUAUGGAACAUCCUUCACAGGCGAGAGGACUGCAUGGCACCUCGGGUCAUUGUUAUUAGCCGCACCCUGACUGCUCGAUUCCGCCGCGGCCUGGAAAAUGACUACGUUGAGUCACCGUGCUGAAAGCAUGGACUUGAUAGGGGAAGAGAUCUCCAAGGAGAUCUGCACUGGAGUUGUUUUCUAUAAAUAUAUGCUAUAAUUUAAAACUAAGGGUUGAAGGACAUCACAAAGCUCACUCUUGUGGGCAGAGGCCCUCAAUUAUUAUUUGGAUGGGCUCCAUCUAUAUACAUAUGUAUAAUGCACAUAAUUUUAUAUAUAUAUAUAUUUUAUAUUAUAUUGCCCUUCCCCUCUGCUGUACAGCGUAGAAUAGUGGAUUGUCAGAAUCCUGACAGAACUUCACAGCUACAUGUAAGUGGGGUUCAGCUGUAGCAGACAUGUGUAUGUGGUGAUACUACAGAAAAAAGGCAACCACACACAUUCUCCUUCUGUCUGGAUAAAGUUAUCCUGCUCCCUAAUGAUGAUGCAAAAAAGCUACAGGAGACCACCAAAAAUCAUUUUUCCUUUAGAGUUAACAAACAGGCAAUCUAAGAAAGCAGAAAACACAUACAAGUGAUGAUUUCCAGCAGGAGUUUAAAUUUCAUUUAUCUUUAGUCCCUUCACCUCAUCCAUCCGCUCCUCUUCAAGGAAUUUCUUAUUAGCUGCAACUCCUACUUCCAAGUCAAAGCACAAUCCACACAGUCUAAAGCAAAAAGUGCAAUUCCAAUCAUUCUAAUUAUAAAGUAAGGGAAUGCAGAAGAAUUAAGUUGCAUUUUUUCCAGACACUUCUCUUGUAUCCUGAAACUGAGGGAUUUGGGAUUAUCUUGUUGGCAUAUAGACAUACCGUUAACAAUGAAAAGGGUACCCAGCUAGACCAGGCCACACGUGCUGCUGAAAAUCUGCUUCAGUGUUAUGAUGUGACAAGAAGGUUACCUGGACUCCCUAAUAACCCCUGUUACUAUUAACUCACUUUAUCAGAAAGGAUUACUAAGAACACACAUUUCAGCCCAAAUGAUUUUCUUCUCAGCUUCUGUUCAUAUUUGCCAUGACAUUUCCAGAUCAGAGUGCUAUGUCAGGAUACCCAGCUCUGCCCAUCAGCGGUCAGAGGCACAUACACACUGAUUAUUGGAGACUCUAUUGCCACUGAAGCACCCAAACCGGAAAACUAGACAUAUAUACAACACUUAGCCAUGAGAGAAAAAGACCUGCCUGGUACCUUAACGUGGUAGUGAAAUGAAAAUAAUUAGCACCCUCAAAAUUAGUAGUGAUUUUUAUAAGCUUGACCCCUAUAAGCACAAGGGCUCACAAGUGUCACGUGCACGUGACUUUCAGGAAGAAAACCAUCAGGUCAAAAAUUAUCAUAUGGAAAUACCUAAAUUACAGGAACUAGAGGCAAUGACAGAUGUUUGAAAAUUCCUAUGGACGCUACUCUGAGCACAGUUACUGAUCAGUUUGAAGGAUCAUGAGCUGUGAAUGUAACAAAUUCUUUAGGAUUGCUGUGUUGCUCCCAGUUGAGUUUGUUGCUUUUCUUCUUUAUCAUUACUUCCACCAUACUUUGCCACACUUUGGUAAAAAGUGAUCAUCAAGCUGGCUCUUGAGUUCUGUUCUGCACCCAGUUCUGAUGUAAUAAGAAACUCAGCCCCAAUUGCCACUCUGCACCAUGCUCAAAGUGAGCAACACUGCGGAGACUGAUGCUCUAGAACAAGUGCUUUGUUCUAGAUUAUCAGGGUACAAUACCAUAAAGCUGACAAAGAGUUUCUUCUAACAGUAGGUUUGUAAAAACCAACUAAGAUUUGUAUUCGUUUGUCUGCAUUACUUUCUGGAAAAGCUCUAUGUUUUCUAGAAAUAACAUGCUAUAAUUAAUUGCAGGGUUUUUAAAAAAUAAGAUAUUGGAAUAUUUAAAAGACAUUAUAUUAUUUCUUCUAAUAUUGCAAUAUCCAUAUUAUAAUAAUGUACAUUUAAAUUUAAAAAUCAGCUGUAUGGUCGGUAAAUUCGUAAUACUUGGUAUUACUGUGAUUAUUUUAGAUGUAUAAAUAAAGUUGUGAAUGUUCAGUUCUC